GUUCUGCAUUCUGUCAAAAAUGUAGAAGUGUCAAACAUUGGAAAAACACCGGCACUGGUUGAAGAAUAGGAUCGAUUUUCUCAUUUUCAUCAUUUUUUAAAGACAUCGAGUUACGCCCUAACACCAUGUCUCUCUAUCCUCUAGAAUCCAACCCAGACGUUCUGAACAAGUUCAUGAGCUUGGUAGGAGUACCAGAUAGAUACAAGAUUGUAGAUGUAUACGGUCUUGAUAGUGAUGCUCUAGCUUGGAUACCAAGACCAGUUCUAGCAAUGAUCUUGCUAUUUCCUUGUAGUGAAAAGUACUAUGAACAUGUCAAGAAAGAAAAAGAGUUGGUUGAGGAUAGAGGCCAAGCAAUAACUCCAAGUUUAUGGUUCAUGAAACAAAAAGUAUCAAACGCUUGUGGAACCAUUGCUUUAAUCCACAGUCUAGCAAAUAAUGCAGACAGAAUCGAACUCAAUGAUGGAAUUUUCAAAAAAUUAUUAGAAGAAUGUGCAGAAAAAACCCCAGAAGAGAGAGGCGAAAUGUUGUCCUCGGCUGGGAGUGGUUCUGAAGCAUUCAAGUUGAUAAGUGCUCAUCAGGAACUUGCUAUGGAAGGUCAAACAGAG